CAGUGCAGUGAGAAUCUUCUGAUCCGUGCUAACCGCCCUGUUUUCUCGCCGACGGCAGGCUACAGCUUCGAGUACACGCGGGGCGUGAGUGUCUCCGAGCCGACCCGCAGACGCAAGUUUUCUUCCAGCAGCAGCGGCUUCUCCUCGGGCCCCAGCAGUGCCGCAGAGAUGGAAGGCGGGGUCCGAGAUUUGCCCUUCGACAAGCCCCCCCGUCCCUUCCGGCCCCCCGACCGCUUGCUGAGGAGGAAGAAGGAGACCCAGGAGAGUUUACCGUCGUGGAUCAGUGAUACCAGGGUGAACGCCGAUGACAUUGUGGAGCGGAUCGUGCAGACGCAGGACUUCAGCGACACCAGCAACUCUGAGGACAGUGGACUACAGCUGUUCGUAGGACGAGAUGGGACGACCUUGUUUGGGGGCGUGCAGUUAAACACCAGACACUCAGUCAGUGACUACAUGCCGGUGAUAAUCAGUGGCCACUGAUAUCAGGAUGGGCCAUGGUGGGAUCGGACUGUGCCCUUCAUCUCUGGGAACCUGGAAGAGCGUCGCUCGGAAGGAGGAAUACCAUGGAUGGAUGGGAGGGGGGUGGAAAUCAUUGGGAACAUCUCCAGAGAGGACCACUCCCAACCCUUCAGAAGAUCAGUGGGAAGCCAUCUCCUCUGGUCCCCACCAACCCAUGUAGACCCACCACGCAGGGAUCAUUGGGUUCCCCUUGCCCCCUCUACUCCCUGGGCUGGCCGAGAGGGGUAGGGGGGCAACAGCUGACCAAUAUCCAUGGUGGUGGUGGAGGGGCAAAUAGUCACAGUCCAGUCAAAUCCAGAGCAAUUAGUUAAAAUCCCACCUGGGUCUUCAGAGUCGAGACACAAAGCUUGCUGGAGUAACUCAGCGGAACAGGCAGCAUCUCUGGAGAAAAAUCACACGUGCUGAGAGAAUGGAGCGGCUGGGAUUGUCCACUCUGGGAGUUUAGAAGGAUGAGCGGGUAUCAUAUUGAAACAUAUAAGAUUGUUAAGGGUUUGGACACGCUAGAGGAAGAAAACAUGUUCCCGAUGUUGGGAGAGUCCAGAACCAGGGGCCACACACAGUUUAAGAAUAAGGGGUAAGCCAUUUAGAAUGGAGACGAGGAAACACUUUUUCUCACAGAGAGUUGGGGGUCUGUGGAAUUCUCUGCCUCGGAGGGCGGUGGAGGCUGGUUCUCUGCACUCCCUCAACAUUUUUCAUCAGGCUAGAAAAAACGGCGCCACCUACUGAAUGCCACGUAUACCUAUGACUAGCACCACCUAUGACCUACCUACAACGUCAUAGAAACACAGAAAAUCGGUGCAGGAUUUUGGAAUUCUUUAAUUUGCCACAACCAAGAAAUGGAAGGAUGCAUCUUGAUGAUGACAAUCCAGAAUUGCUGCAGGAAUUGCAAUACGAUAGAAGUGAACAACAGCAAUUUGUUGAGGAGAAUGGGUCUCUGCUGAAUGCUGAGCAGAGAGCAGUGUAUGCACUCAAUUUAACAUUAAAAAAAAAUCGCAAACCA